AAGAUGCAUUGGGAUCUGUCAAUCGUGGAAUCUUUUGCAUGCAGAGAGAUGGAAAAGUAACAUAUAUUUAUUGGUGCAGUAGAAAAUGUCUCAUCAGGGAGUGGUUGUGAUGGGAGAAGCCUCUGAAUCUGAAUCUGAAGAUGAAUCCCCUGGGAGAAAGAGUGAAGACAAUGAACAAGAGGAUUCUUCCACUCCUUCCUCACCAUCCUCAUUUAGUUUGCAAAGUCCCUCAGAGGAUCCAGGAAGACGAGAAUCUCUUCUCCAUGUCAAACUACGGGAGGCAAAUGCAGAGUGCAUCCAAUCCCUUGAGACUUGUGUCAAGGGUCCACUUGUGGACAAGACCAAUGAUCUGCGAGGAUUGAGCCAGGCAAUGAUGAGGCAGCAAACAAUUUUGCAGGACACUGCAUCCAUGCUCAGAGAAUGGACCAACACCCUCUUCAGGUUGGAGGAUCAACUUUCUAAAGUUCUCACCUCUAAUGCCCUCUCCUCCUUCAAAAUAUCUUAAUCAGUUGAUGGCAUUCAAUAAUGUGAUGCACAUGUGAAUGAAAUUUUGAAGGCUGGGGUGAGUCCUUCCCAAGAUUCAUAAAGUUUAAUUGGUGGCACUGGAUUCCUUCCUGCUGUACAUUUCAGUCCUUGUAUGGGCCCAUCUUGUGCAACUGGAGUGAUUGUUGUGAUCAUGCAUUAAGGUUCCUUCCAUUUUGAGAGGAGGAAUAAGAGUGAAAAUGGCUACAUGAACAAUAAACAGAGUACUGUGUGUGCAAACCAACA